UAAGUGUUUUCAAAAGUGUAAUUGUGCUGCAAAACAAAUUGUACAAAAUUCUCAAAGCUGGAGGCAUGCCAACUUUUUAUAUGCCAAAAAAAUUUACUGCUAUUGUGUUAAUGUUCUUCUAUCUUUAAACUUCUGUUAAAUUACAUGCUAAUAUAUUCUGGCUCAUGCAGAGCUUAAAAUGAUUUUUUCUGAUUUCUAAACCUGAUUAGGACACAAAACUGCUGUUCAAACUUGCUGGCUUAAACUAUUUUUCUUACACAAAUACUUCUUCAAAACUGAUUUUUAUGUUGUCACAAUUUUUAUGUUUACAUGUUGAAUGCAUUUGAUCAGUUUAUCACCUUGUUUCAAAGAUGUUUGUAGCCAAUUCAUAUUUCAUUUGAUGUUGUUAAAUGCUGGCCUUGUAUUGCUAUUAACUGUGAGCUUUUUAAAAAAAACAAAAACUGGAAUGAUUAGAGCACUUUCCUGUUCUACAAAAGACCCAUUCUAAAUGUGACUUCUGUGGUUGGAGCCAAAAGUACCAAUGUGUGGCAACGGUGUCAUUGACAAAGGUGAAAUGUGUGACAGUGGUGGCUUUGGCAUCAGUGGAAUGGACCCUUGCUGUGACAGCCAGUGCAGGCUUCAAGAGAAUGCUACUUGCAGUCCAGUCAACUCAGAGUGUUGCAAAAACUGCACUAUGGCUCCCCGUGGCAUGGUGUGUCGUGGUGCCAGUAAGGAACAGUGCCUACAGAGUGCCAUAUGCUCAGGUUUCAGUUUUGAUUGUCCUGCUUCAACACCUAUGCCAGAUACACCCGAGGUGAAAUGCAUUGAUGAAGGUGUUUGUAAAGGUGGCAGGUGUCAGAGUUACUGUCAAAGACACCUGGCUGAUUCAGUACCAUGCAUAUGCACCACACCUGGGGAAGAAUGUUUACGAUGCUGUCAAGAGCAGGACCAGGUGUGUCAGAAAAUCAAUGCCUCUCAUUUCUUGACAGAUGGCAGGCCUUGUUCCUAUGGUUACUGUAAGGCUGGAGUGUGUAUCGGCGUAAGGGCCAACAUGGUACAAAGAUUAUUUGCAUUCAUUGAAAAGUUGACUCCUAAUACUUUAGUGGCAUUUAUGAAAAGUAACAUCGUUGGUACCAUCAUAGUCUUCUCUUUGGUCAUUUGGGUGCCAGCAAGUUGGACAGUUUCCUGCCUGGACAAAAAGAGAGGGAAACUCAACAGAAAGUACCAAGACCAGUGGGUUAGCAGUGAGACUCUUCUCAAUCGGUCUUUCCAGAGCAGUGUUUUUGCAAACAGUGUUGACAACUACAAGGUGAAAGACACUGGACCAUGGCCAACUUAUCAUGGGGCCUCAUCUAAUGUGUACCUUCCUCCAAGCCCCGAUGAGAAGAAGAACAAGCUACCACCCUUGAUCAUGCCACCAGAAAAGUAUUUUGAAACAACAUUUAAAUUUAACGAUCAUUCUGGUUGCCCAAACGAAUCAGUUGUGUGGGAGACUGUGAUGUGAUUCUCUUUACUGAAUGACUAACCCAGUGCUUGUUGAAUCAGUCAGCAUUUGUCUAAAAUGGACUAAAUAUUAGCAUAAUACAGAAAACAAUAGUGCAUAAGCUUAUUUAAAAUAAUGAAAAUUUGUAAAAAUAGGUAUUGACAAAGUGUUUCAGUAGAUACUAUUUUUCUGUCAUUACUUGGAUUACACAAAAAUUCUUCUAAGUGUAUAACAUAAGUUGUUGCUAUGUUCCAAACUUUUAGGAGAUAAUAAUCAACAAAAAAAAAAAUACCUUUUUUUUUUUAGAAGAACCUCUUCUUGAAAUAUCCCAUGAUGCUUUUGUACUGAUCAUUAAUCACAUUCAUUUUGUAAGUCCACUGAUCCUUGAGCCACUAUUCAUCUACCCCUGCGGUGUCAACGCUGAGCCCCUCGAGGGAGUCACUUGUAUUUCUAUAAUGUUUUCAUUUUCACAGAAGUUGUUAUUAUUAGAAAAAUAACGGUGGCUAAACCAAAGCUUGACUUUAUGCCUUUCUCCACUAAUGCAUAUUAUCCACAGACAUGUAUUGAAUGGUGCAUCAAAUACUGCACGUGUUUUGUAUUUGUAUAAGCUAAGAGUUCAGCCAGUUUUUAAAUUAACAAGCUACUGUUCUCCAUAUUUAUGCGCACAUUAUACUUGUUCUAUUUUAACUUUCGCAUGUUUUUGUUUUAAGUUGUACCAAAGAGCAUUCAUUACAAUUUGACUUCCACUUUCUUUAUGAGCUAGGAAAUGAAUGAACAUAUGCUUGAUUGCCAGUAUUGUCUGUUUCUAUGUAAAAGAUGUCUAUCUAUACCCAGUUGUGUGUGUAAACAGUUGUUAUUAACACUUUCUGUGCAUGAUUAGUCUCUAUAGAUAUCCAUUGUCUGAAAUCAUUACCACAAUACUUGUUGUGUGUUCAUGUUUCAAACUAAAAAGUACUUAGUUUCAGCAUAGUAAAAAUGCCCUAUUGAAAAAUGUGCAUGUUAUUGUAAGUAGCUUAGAAUAGCUAGUGAGUGUAUUAGCUUUUUUGUUGUAAAUGCUGUUUAUGUCUUUAUGUGGUAGAGAUGGACAUGUUGAAGUUGUAUCCAAACUUACAAAUUACAAGGCUUAUAAACAGUUAAUAGGUAAUUUUUUAAAAGAUGUGUUUAAAAAAGUCAUUUUUCAUUAUGUAAUUAAACCUCUAGUCUAGUCAAUCAUUGUACCUGAUUUAUCAAGCAAUUUAGUGUUAAUAAUUCUAAGCAGUACUCAUCCAACAUUACAAUUCAGUUAGCUAUUUACACAAAUUAUUUUAAUAGAAAGACCAAUGUAUUAUAAGGUAUAGCAAACUAGUUAAAUACUUUUUAGAUGUCAGAAUCUACCAGUAGGUAAUUUCCAAUUAGGAUCAACAAAGCAGUCUCUUAAAGUUAAUGCCUUGUCUUUUUAUGACACCAAAGUUUUUGUUUACUUUUUUUUGAAUGAAGAUGUUCAUUAGUGCUUAAUAUAUUGUCAAACUAAAUUGCAAUGUUUCUACUCUGUUAAGUCUUUCAAGAUGAACAAGAAGGUUUUUCAAUGUCAAUGUAAAUAUAUGUUGCUGUUUUCUUUUUCAAAACUUUUUCUCAUAUUUCUUUGCUAUAUAUAUAUAUAUAUUUGUAGAAUAAUCAAUAAUACAUUGUAUAAGUUUGUGCUUUUUGUGAUUUACUGUAUAAAUGAAAGACUCUAUUUUAUAAUUUUUAUGGCAUAUUUGUAUAUGAAGUACCUAGAUGUAAACAUUUUUAAAUGUGACACAAUUUGUGUGUACACAGAGAUUGCAUCCCUUUUCUAAUUUCAGCCAUUUACAAAGCUGCAGUAGUAUUGAGCGGUCUUUUAAUUAAGUGCUCAAAAACUUCAUGAGAAAUAGGUGAAAAAAAAGCUACACAACCAGCAUUUAAUCCCAUUUAAUACUGGCAGCCAAAAGGUUUAAUAGACAGUGAUUUGUAUUUAUUUUUAGUAAUAUUAGUAAUAUUUCUGCUUUUGUUUUGGGAGGUCGCAGCUCCUUAAUCCAAUGCCCGCUUCCUCGCUAUCGAGAAAGUGCUUCUUAUGGAUGUGAAGAUGGUAAGCAAGACUUUUUCCUCACUAUUUGCAAUGUACUUGAUACUGUGGAAGCUCACUAAAGGUUAUGGUACCUUUUCCUGUUCUGAUGUCUGUUUCCUCUUUUUUACAAAGCUUAUAUCAACUCACUCUGUGUCUGUAAGUCUGGUAAAAAGUUUGCUCAUGUUAUUUCUCCCAUACCCAAUUUCAGAUCAAGCUAAAAUUUUGCACAAUUAUCUUUUACCUAAAAAAAAACCAAACAAGAAUCAAUAAAAAAAAAUUAGUCACUUAGUUAAUUAACAAUUGGGAAUUGAUUAUUUUAUUUGAUUUCAAACAAAGGAAAGAAAUUGUACUGGACUGAUGUGGUGGUAUGUUGAAUUAGUAAUUAGUCCCAUUUAUACUUUGCUUUCAUGUUUGAAACAAACAAUAGAUAUCUAUAAAACCUUCUAUUUUCAUUAUCACUUCUCUGGUACAGUGUUAAAUAUGUUGGCUUAAGGCGGCUAGUGCCCUAGAGCUCAAAUUCAAGUCGCUCUAUUUUUUAAAAGCGAUCACGCUACACCCAUAUACCCCUUUCUUUCUCUGCUCCCCCUCUUUCCCCACCUGGUCCAGACAAGUGAUAGGGUCAUAGCUUAUUGAGAAAGCUAAAAGCAUGAAAUUGCGCUAAACAAAACAAUUUUUUAAAAUAUUUCUAAUCGCAUAGAUUUAUUAUUGCUAGUCUAGAUCUAUUACUAAUUUAAUUACAUGACUGCCAAAACUAAUUGAUACAAUUAGGCCUUAUAUAAGUUUGUGUUUUUUUUUAAGUAUUUUUUUUAUUUUCUUGCUGACAGUGUCAUCAUUAUGUUGUGAAAAAAAUGUUACCCUAAACACUAUACACAACUUCAAUGCUUGGGAUUUCUUGUUACAACUUUGUUUCAAUCAGAAAGCUUCAGGUAAUUAUGGUAAUG